AUGGAUCAAGUACUUGGAGGACUCAACGCCAACGAGCAGCGCGAGCUCGAGCAGCGCAUGCAGAAGCGCCAGGUGAAGGAGUUCGUCAGCCUCUUCGGCAGCCUGGUCGACAACUGCUUCAUGUCCUGCAUCGACGACUUCACAUCCAAGGCCGUCUCGUCGCGUGAGAACGGCUGCGUCGCCCGCUGCGUGCAAAAGACCAUGGCCACCCAGGCUCGGCUCGCCGAGCGAUUCCAGGAGCACAACGCCGAGAUGUCCAACAAGAUGGGACAAUAG